AUGAGUGAAGAAGAGAUGACGCAGUGGGUUUUAUCUCUUGGACUUUCUAAGAAACCAAGAAAUUUCCCAAGAGAUUUUAGCGAUGCAGUUUUAAUGACAGAAUUAAUUCACAAAUUUUAUCCAAAAUUAGUUGAUCUUCACAACUACGAAUCUGCACUUAAAGUUGAUACAAAAAUAUAUAACUGGAAUACUCUCAAUACAAAAACACUGAAAAAGCUCGGAAUGUCACUUGAUACAGCAACAAUCACAGCUUUAGGCAACUCUCAAGCAGGAACAAUAUUUAAAGUCCUCGAAAUGUUCAAAAACGUUGUGGAUGGUAAAGCAUCUUCAACUUCUGCAGCAACUCCAAAUAAAAAGAAGCGUGAGAAAAAGCCAGAGCCUCCAAAACCAAUGACAGACGCCGAGAGAGAACAAUACGUCGACAAAAUUUACGAAAGUAGAAAGCAAAAAACAGAAAUAAUGAUGUUAGAAACUAAAUUGGCAAAGUUAAUGGAGUUAAUGAGCAUUAAAGAUGCUAAGAUUAUCAAAGAGCUCGAAAAGAACUAA